AUGUCAUCAUGCCGCAUUACUCUUCUGACCAGACAGUGUAUUCCGAGUUCAAACAUCGGUCCCGAUCGAUUUCAACCCUCCUGGACUUGCAUUCCUGCAGCCUAUGCCUUGCCUGCACGUUCCUUCGCCUCUCUUAUGGGCCUUACGUGUCGCACAUUUUGGGCACCAGACGACUACCAGCCUAUUAUGCAUUUAUCCGAGUUUAACUCAACUGCAUUAAUUUUGAAGCCCCGCCUUGAAAGCGCUCGCGGUUGGAAUCAGCCUCAAGCCGUCGCAGUGGCCACGUUUUAA